ACAAUGCCACUCCUGGAGGAAACCUCGCUACCUCAGCGCCACUCACUAACAGUGCCAGUCGUAAUUAUAGGGAAUGGUCCUUCUGGGAUAUGCCUCUCCUACCUGCUCUCAGGAUAUAGGCCGUAUGUGGCUCCAGGAAUUGUCCACCCAAACCCUAUUCUUCAGAGUAAACUGGAAGAAGGAAGCCACUGUUCUGUUGUGCAUCAGGAUUUGGAAUACUUAGGCGAAGGGCUUGAAGGCAGGUCAUCCAAUCCUGUGGCCGUGCUCUUUGAUACGCUUCUUCACCCAGAUGCUGACUUUCAGUUUGAUUACCCAUCUGUCCUACAGUGGAAGCUAGAAAAGCACGAAAACAUUCCUCACAUUGUGUUGGGGAAGGGGCUCCCUGGUGGUGCUUGGCAUGUAAUGAAAGGAUCUAUGUUGACAAUUAGUCUGGGCAACUGGAUGGAGCUACCUGGAUUGAAAUUUAAGGAUUGGGCCAGCAGUAAGCGGAGAAAUCCAACAAAUGACAGAGCAACUACAGAAGACAUAGCUUCCUACUAUAAAGACUAUGUAAAGAUCAUGGGUCUUCAGAAAAACUUUGCCGAUAACACUUGUGUCACUUCCGUAUCAAAGUCCCAGCAGGAUCAAGAGAACACAAAGGAGAAUGAUGAAAUGGACAUUAGCACACGGCAGCUCCCUGCUACUAACGUGGCAGACCAAAAUGGAUUGCCUCAGAACCUUUGGGAAGUCAGUGGAUAUCAGAAAAUUGGGGAAGGAUCACCUGUGCCUUUCUGUCUUUUGGCUGAGAAUGUUGUCUUAGCUACUGGCACAUACGAUUCACCUGCAAGAUUAGGGGUAGAAGGUGAGGACUUGCCUUUUGUAUUUCACAGCAUCUCAGACUUUGAGGUUGCCAUCAAAAAUCGCAAAGUCAACCAAGCCUCGGAUCCUGUUCUUAUUGUAGGUGCCGGGUUAACUGCAGCAGAUGCCAUCCUGUGUGCCUACCACAAUAACAUCCCAGUGAUUCACACAUUCCGAAGAAGUGUCAAUGACCCAGGCUUGAUAUUUAAGCAACUUCCUAAGGCCCUUUAUCCAGAAUAUCACAAAGUUUACCACAAGAUGUGCAAACAAUCUUAUUCCACAGCCUCGGGUCUGUAUACUAACUAUACGAGUUUUCCAGAAAACUGUAUUGUUUCUUUCCAGCCAGACAUGAAAUGCAUUCUCCAGAGUGCCUCUGGAGUGAAAACGGUCUUAAGCAUCUCAUUGGCCUUGAUACUAAUAGGUUCUUACCCUAAUUUAUCUUUCCUUAAAGAUCAUGGGAAAUAUUUAGGAGUGGAUCCAAGUAAAUCCAUUUCAUGUAAGAGGAACCCUGUUGACAUUAAUCCCUGUACAUUUGAGUGCACCAAAGAGGCUACAUUAUUUUGUAUGGGACCAUUAAUUGGGGACAACUUUGUCAGAUUUCUUAAAGGUGGUGCUUUGGGCAUCGCAAGCUGUUUAAUGAAACGGUUGAAGAAAAAGGGCCAGUUAAUAUCUGAAGUAGGAGGUGCUGAUGGAUACAGGACCGGUGUGAUUCACUGUGAACUUAAAAUGAUCUUGUUUGCGACCAAAAAUCACCAGCAACAGACUGGAAAUUUAACAAGAGGUUCAGAUUUAAAAAAUACAAGUCAGUAG